AUGCACGACAUCUAUUCCACAGAUGACCCAUCCCCCUAUCCCAGACCGAUGAUCAGACAUGCGAAUUUCACUAUCAAUAUGGAGCCCUUUCCAAAGCGACAGCGAUUUUAUGCGCCAAUGGACCGCUCGUUCCCGCAGAGCUUUGACGAUCAACAUGCCUAUUAUGAUGAGCUUGGAGAGGACAUUUUAGAAGAUGAGGAGGACUAUGACGAGGAGGAGGAACAGGAGCCAGGAUACGAUCCAGAGGAGGAAUUGGAACAGAAGAGGGCGCGACUUGAUUAUAAGUUGAAAUCAACAUUCGAAUCCAUUUUUGAAAAAUAUGAAAGGGACUUUGACGGCGUCGGGGACGAAAUUGAUCUCGAGACGGGCGAAAUUGUGGUCAAUAAUGGGCACUUAGUACAGAUGCUGGACGAGCAGGAUGCUGGCGACACAAGUGGUGCGAUGCAGGUGCUGAGAGAAUAUACGCAAGAGCCGGACGAACUUCCCAGCAGCUCCUUUGACGCAACUGAAAUUGUGGAUGACGAGGAGGAAGAGGAGGAAGAGGACGAAAUUAUGAGUGACGAAGAUCUGUUAGAGGAUGAUAUGGCUGAGGAUGAUAUGAUACUGCGUGGAUUUGCAAUAGCCAACCGGUUUCAGCAAGGUUCACCAGAAUUGGGUUUGCCAAAUUCGACAGUUGCCCCCGAGAGAGCACGGCGGCAGGAACCUUUGUCUCGACCUGCUCCAUUACCUCGGCCGAUUCAAGCCAAAUCGUUGCCAUCUCGAGCGGAAAUUUUGGCUCAAUUUGGACCACAACUUGGCCCUCAAAUAGUGGAAUAUGUUUCUCAGCAGCAUGUGGCAGAGGAACGUCAUGUUGAAUCCUCUUGGCGAGCCCCUGAGCCGAGAAGACCUGCAUCCAGGAAUAUUGAAUCUGUUUGGAGAACACCCGCGCUUCCAUCAGCUGCCCCGAGACGUGUUGAGCCUGCAUGGCGAGUUCCAGAGCUUCCAUCAGCUGCUCCCAUCAGGCGACCCAUCCAGAAGCCAGUUGUAAUAUUACCAGAAGAGGAGCGGUCUCUCUCCCCAGAUGCUUCCAAGUCUAUAUGGGCGCCAAUACGAAAUCGUGGGCCCCGGAGAUUGGAUGGUGCUGAUAAUUCUGCGCUGUUUAAGGGUCAAAGUAGAGCUUCAAAUUAUGGUUCAAAGUCCAUCUUAUACCCGUUCGGUUAUCGAUCAACUCAUAAUACAACUGAAUAUAAUGAUUUUUCGUCUCCCAAGAGGAGGCGAGUUGCUUUUACUGCGGAGGAGGAUGAUAUAUUGUUAAGAUGGGUGUCAAAAUUACGGAGACAUGGGCUUGCGUUAAGUCAAGGUCGAUGGAGGGAGUUUGCGGCCGAGCAUCCGCAACAUUCAGCAUCGUCCUGGAGUCAACGCUAUACACGCAAGUUUACCUAUCUGUCGUCGAACCAAGUUGAGGAGUCAGAUCUCUCAAAUUCAGAAGCAUCUGUUGAGAACCUGGCGUACCAUGCUCCGGCCAUCAAACGUGCAGAGCCUCAAUAUGUUGUGGAACAAGCGACUCGUGAGAGACCCGCUCGAAUUCGAAAACCAGCUCAGACCGACCCUGCGAUCCUCAGCUGGAACCAGGCAGUGGAUUCUAUUGAGUCAGUCGACCCCAUUCUACACGCUGGAAUCAUGGAGGAUGCACGGCGAGCAAACAAUGUACCACAUUAUUCCUCGUUCAGGCGGCAGGAGCAUCAAAUAUUGGAAGACUCGGAUCUGGACACGCCCAAUGAAUCCCAAGAAAAUACCCCACCAACAGAGAUUCGUCGAUCUUAUGAUGAUUUGCCUAUCAGAUCGUCUUUGGCAGUGCAAGGAACUCCCGAAGAAGAUGAUUGUCUUAUUCCUGGUGCGCCAUGUCCACACGCAGACUGCAGGCUUCGGUCGUCGACUCUAUAUAGACUUCAGCGCCGUGAGCAUGAACAACUCUCGGAAAUGUGUUUACAUCUGUUCAAAGACCAUCAUACGACACCUUUCCCAUGUGGAGAAAUAGAUUGCCCAAAGAAAGGAGUCGAGGGCUUUUUCAUGCAGUUGGACUUGGUCAAGCACGUGAGACGUACACACAAGAGCGUUUCUGCUCUGCAGCGAUUACGGGGACGUGUUGAUUCUGCUCUGCUCGAGCAGCAAGUAACAAUUGCAAGACCUGCGACGAGUGACCCUUCGGAAAGACCUACAAGUCAACAUAGAGACUCCGAUUUCAUGUCGCUUCGAACGGGACAUGCUCGGAACUUGUCUAGCAGUCAGCCAUCUGGUUUUGAUCCUGAUCGGACGUUGACUCCUCGAGGUAUGGCUGGCGCGUCAGCUUUCACGCCCAUGACUAGCGUCUCAUCCUUGAAAGUAAAUCAUCCUUCUGCGACGUCGACUUCCAUGGCUGUCAGAGGAUUGAGUAAUUCUCACGAUAGGACGAUCUCGGAUUCUCAAUUCGAUUCUUCUCAAAUCGCUAGUAGUCAGCCCAGGAUGGCAAGAGAGCCACAGAGGCAAUCGGGAGAGUCAUCACGGAUGCCAUUGAGUGGCGAACCUUCAUCGGGAGGUUUUGCUGGUGUGCAAAUCCCUCCGACCCCUCAGACAUCCACAGAAGUCUCGCCAGUUCUUGGACAAACUGAUUCUGCCGAGGAGCAGAUUCUAGAGCCACAUGAUACGGCUCAUGCAACCAUUGAAUCGGGUCCUCAGGCCUCAAAGCAACACGCGUCAGGUCAUCCAGUGCCAAAGAGUCUUCAUGAGGUACCUUUUUCUGUAGUACCACAACUCGCCUCGACUAAUCCCAAGCAGCCUACUCGGAACAUCAUUGAUCCUACUUAUGAGUUCUCGGAUGAUGAGCCGGAGGUGCGGCCGACAACUAUGCCUGGCCAGCAAAUAUCAACUCCUAAGCAAAUAUCUAAGCAGCGUGCAAAGGCGCCGCUUGUGGCUGUAUCUGUUAGCAUACCUAUCACUUCAAUGCCCAUGCCUAGAGCUGCUGUUGAAGCACCUGUGAACAGCAGACUUGGCGCUUUGAAAGCAGACGCCAGACCAGCAGAUCCUAAUGGUAGCAAACUUAGAAGUUCAAGAAUAGCUCCUGAGGUCGGCCCAUCUGCCAAUCGACCAAAAUCUGCCACGAAAUCUGUGGCAACACCAGCCGCAAAGACCCAAAAGCGUGUUCGCUCUGAGGAUAUUGACGAGCUGAGUCUAGGCGUGGAUGAAUUUAUACUCCUCUCCUCGCGGCCACGAUCCAAGCCCUUACCUGUACCACAGAUAGGGAUAAAACAUGAAGAGAUGGUGGAUUCACCAGUCUUGCUCUCUGUGCCAGCGGCGAGGAAGAGGAAGCUAGAUGCGAUGCGCGACAACGAGCUUGAUGAGUUGAGUGUGCUGGGCGAGCGAUCUGCGCCGAAUGCCAUGAUACCACAGCCUGCCAUCAAGACUGAGACUUAUGAACCUUCACUUCCUGUGCAUCGGCCAAUCAUGCCGAAGCGUAAAGGUCGACCAGCAAAAGCUAAGAACGUGGCAGAAUCCUCAUCGUCACAAUUGAGAUCCUCUCGAGGGCCAGAAACAAUGCAUCAUGCCACAAGCACACCUCUAUUGGACCUGACCCCAGCACGCAAUGCACGAGCCAAUGCAGAGAGAAUGAAGGAGAUAGGUGAUUCAGAAGAAGAGGGCGAGACUGAGUCGCCCAGUCACAGGCCGAAGCAACGUCCAAGGGGACAAACAGCCCGCCCAGUUGAUUUCGGGACCAUGACACCAACAAAGAGUCGGUGGAAUAGAGACUCUUUGAAAGCAGAGCAGGUUUCUGUGCUGGUCAAGACACCUGGUGGGACUAUGCGUAGAUGUGGCAUUGAUGGAUUCGAAUGUGGGAGAUCUUUUUGCUUUCGGUGCGACGCAAAGGAGUCGGAAAAGGUGGUAUAG